AUGGAGAACUGUAGCAACAACCUUUCCACCAAAGUCUUUUUCUUGGUGGGCUUUCCAGCUCUCCAGGAUUACCAGACCUCCCUCUUCGUUGUGUUCUUGUUAUUCUACCUCCUGAUCCUGGUGGGUAAUGCCAUUAUCAUCACUGUGGUUGUGGUUGACCACACGCUUCACAAACCCAUGUACUUCUUCCUGAUGAACCUCUCCGUGUUAGAUGUGCUAUUCACCACCACCACCAUCCCCAAAAUGUUGGCCAUGUUCUUGGCCAACGCUAAAACCAUCUCAUUUUGGGGCUGUUUUCUGCAGAUGUACAGUUUUCAUGGGUUGACGGUAACCGAAGCUCUUCUCCUGGUUGUCAUGGCUUAUGACCGUUAUGAAGCCAUCUGCAACCCCCUCCAUUACCUGGCCAAGAUGACAAGAAGAUUGAACAUCCAACUGGCAGCCAGUGCCUGGAUCACUGCUCUGUUAAUACCCGUGCCCGUCAUCACUCAGACAUCUCAACUAGCUUACAGAGACACAACCAAGGUCCACCACUGCUUUUGUGACCACCUGGCAGUGGUACAAGCUGCGUGCUCAGACUUCAGUGCUGAUUUCCAAACCUUCUUGGGGUUCUCCAUCGCUAUGACAGUGUCAGUUGUCCCUCUAUUGCUCGUCACCAUCUCCUAUGUCCACAUCAUCCUGUCUGUACUGAAGAUCAACUCCAAAGAAGGACGUGUGAGAGCUUUUUCAACGUGUACUUCCCACCUGCUUGUGGUGGGCACCUACUACUCCUCCAUCACCGUGGCGUACGUGUCCUACAGAGUGGACAUCCCCGUUGACGUCCAUAUCAUGAGUAACGUUGUCUUCUCCAUUUUGACUCCUUUGUUAAACCCCAUCAUUUACACUUUACGCAACAAGGAAGUGAAAUCUGCCGUUAAAAAGUCCAUUUUGCUGAAAAUCUGCCCCGUUUCGACAAAAUUCAAUGUAUUUGGGUGA